AAAGCCUACGAAGGGGAAGAAGAACGCCACCCACCCUAUCAAAAUGUAUACAAACAGAAAGAUAAUAUUUAUUUAUACAGUUUCAUGGAUCCACUUUCUCUCAUCUCUGUAAUAUUUUAAUCUUAUUAAUCUCAUAUAUAUAUAAAAAUAACAUUUCCCCCACUCCAUAGUGCUCCUUCUUCCUCAAGUCACAAACCAUACCAACAAACAAACAAACAACCUAGCCAAACCCUCUUAAACCGGAAACAAUGGGAAGAGACUGGUCUUGGCUCGGAGGAGGGAAGAAGAAAUCCACAAGCAAGUCAAAGAAAGACAUCAAAGCAACUCCACCGCCUUCCUCCCCCGCCGGAAACACUGCAACGACGGCGGCGGGAUGCAUGAGUGUCGUCUUUAACAUUUUCGACUUGCAACAUUUACAUUUCCCUAUUAACAAUCACCAUAUCCAUCUCCAUCUCCCCAAAGGUGUAGAUGUUGAAGAGACUCCAUCUUCACCUACCAGAAAAGAUGGAAACCUCAAUAUAUCUAUGGGUAUUAAAAUCAAGACCAAACAAUCAUCAUCGUCUCUUGCAGCCACUGAAUCCUACUCUCCGAGUGUAAAGACACCAACUUUGGUCGCUAGACUCAUGGGUCUUGAUCUUGUUCCAGACAACUACACGUCGUCAUCUCCUACUCCAUCUUCUUCUUCUUCUUCACACACCAACAAACACAGACACUACUCUCUCCAACGAAACUCCGUCGACGGAGGAACACGCUCUCUUCCCGAGACGCCGAGGAUUUCACUCGGACGAAGAUCCGUCGACGUCAUCUCUCACCAACACCAACGUUCUUCACUUCAUCUCAGGGAGAUGAAGAUACACGUGGAGGAUAGAGAGAACAGGAGUCCUAGAGACUACGCUAGGAAGAUAGUGAUGCACCUGAAGGAGAACGUGAGCAGGAGAAGAAGAAUGGGAACUGAUAUUACAAACAGAGAACAACAAGCACGAGAGGCUCAUGAGGCCAAGAAAGCUUCUAAGAUUAUAAACGCUGCUCCCAAGGUUCAAGACGAGCCCAGGUUACAAACAGUGAAAACAGAGCAAGACAAAAAACAGAGCAAGUCUGCAGCGAAACGUAAGAAAGCUGAGAACUUUAAGUCGAAACAAGUGAAGCCGCCACAGACAAUGAAGGAGGAGCUGUUUGUAAGAUCACCAGCAACGAGGAACAGCAAAGUUUCAUCGAAGCUCAGAGAAACGCGAUCAUCAAGAAACAGAGCAUCAACAACAGAGUUCACUACUUUUCGGAGCCAAACGCAAACGCAGAUUGCACCGAUCACCAAACGCACAGUGGUUCUCGAAGAUGUUGAUGAAAUGGUGGCCGGAGAAUUCCCGGCGACGGCGACACAGUCGGAGCUGGUGGCGUCUGAAGGCGAAGGAAUCGUGACGGAGCUCGAGAGAGGAAUCUUCGAAGCCCUCGUGGCCGAAACGACCGCGUAUUAUUACGACACGUGGAGCAAACCGGCGCCGUUUAUGAGAAACGAUGAUGUAAGUGGCACGUGGGGAGUUCACGUGCCGAGAUGCCAUUCAAAGGUGGGGACCCACCAUGACUCGUCCUCUUUGUUUCGCGAAAGGAGAUUGAGGUGUCCACGUGGGUAAAUUAUCGAUUGGCUUUUAUUUGUAUAGAUUUUGAUUUAUAUUGAUUUUCAAAUAACUUUGUUGCCGUUAAUAACCUAAAAUAAAAUAAUAUUUUCUAAAAUUGAGGAGUGGUAUGGUGCUUGUUA